UCGAGACAAGUCUCCGUGUUUCUGUCCAAAUAAAUAUUACACUUUGCUCAUCUUCUCAACAUCUGAACCACAAACUGGUGUCGAUAUGGCUGCUGCCAGCAAUCUGCUGUCUGAAGAUCAGUUCCUGUGCUCCGUCUGUCUGGAUGUGUUCACUGAUCCUGUCACAACACCAUGUGGACACAACUUCUGCAAAAAGUGCAUCAAUCAUUACUGGAAUACCAACAACCAGAACAUGUGUCCACUGUGUAAAAAGGUUUUCUUCUCAAGACCUGAGCUGCUCGUCAACACUUUGUUCUCUGAGAUGGUUUCUCAGUUCAGACAGUCGACUCAGCAGAAAGCCAGCAGCAGCAGCUCAGAGCAACAAGAGUCCAGACCAGGAGAAGUUCCCUGUGACGUCUGCACUGGAACCAAACUGAAGGCCCUGAAGUCCUGCCUGGUGUGUCUGGUCUCCUACUGUCAGACUCACCUGGAGCCUCACCUGACAGCUUCACGCCUGAAGAGACAUCAGCUGAUGGACCCUGUGGAGAACCUGGAAGACAGGAUGUGUCUGAAGCACGAUAAACCUCUGGAGCUGUUCUGUAGGACCGACCAGACGUGUGUCUGCAUGCUCUGCACUGUGUUGGACCACAAGAUGCACAAUGUUGUUCCUCUGAAACAAGAAUGUGAAGGAAAGAAGGUGGAGCUGCAGAAGACAGAGGCUGAAACUCAGGAGAUGAUCCAGAAGAGACACCUGAAGAUUCAGGAGGUCCAACACAACGUGAAGCUCAGUGAGGAAGAUGCAGACCGAGAGAAAGCAGAAGGUGUUCAGGUCUUCACUGGUCUGAAGGAGUCUGUGGAGAGGAAACUGAACGAGCUCAUCACUACGAUAGAAGAGAAGCAGAGAAGCACCAAGAAACAGGCUGAAGACGCCAUCAGAGAGAUGGAACAGGAGAUCUCUGAUCUGAUGAAGAGGAGCACUGAGGUGGAGAAGCUCUCCCUCUCUGAAGACCACCUCCACCUCCUCCAGAGUGUCCAGUCCCUCAACAUCCACCAUCCACCACCCACCAAGGACUGGUCUCAGGUCAGUGUUCCUCCAGCAUCACAUGAGGGGACUGUGAGGAGAGCUGUGUCUCAGCUGGAGGAGACGCUCAGUAACAUGAUGAAGACGCUGGUUGAAGUUGAGCUGAAGAGGGUCCAGAAGUUUGCAGUGGACGUGACUCUUGAUCCUAAAACUGCUCAUCAUGAACUUAUCCUGUCUGAUGACGGGAAACAAGUGAAACAUGGUAAUGUGAAACAGAAACUCCCAAACAACCCAGGGAGAUUUUCUCAUUGUGUGUGUGUCUUAGGAAAGCAAAGUUUCUCUUCAGGAAGAUUUUACUUUGAGGUUCAAGUUAAAGACAAGACUAAAUGGGCUUUAGGAGUGGUCAGAGAGUCGGUCAACAGGAAGGGAAACAUCACACGGAGUCCUCAGAACGGUUACUGGGCUAUAUGGUUGAUAAAUGGAAAUGAGUACGGAGCUUUUGAUGAUCCUCCAGUUGUUCUCUCCCUGAGGUCUGUCCCUCAGAAGGUGGGGGUGUUUGUGGACUAUGAGGAGGGUCUGGUCUCCUUCUAUGACGUAGAAGCUGCAGCUCUCAUCUACUCCUUUACUGGAUGCUCCUUCAAGAAGAAGCUCCUCCCAUACUUCAGUCCUGGUCUUAAUUCUGAUGGUAUAAACUCCUCUCCUCUGAUCGUGACUCCUGUGAAUCAAACUGUCUGAUUUAUUUUUUCACGAUAACAAGUGUCUUUCCUCAAGCUAUAUUUUGUUAAAGGAACUGUGUGUGACAUUUAGAGGGUUUAAAUUGCAGCAAUGGAAUUUAAUAUUCAAGACUGUUUUAAUCCGUGUAUAAUGACCUCAAACUAAGAUUCGUAGUAUUUACGUCAGUUUAGAAAAAGCCAUUCAUAUCUACGUCGGGAGCAUUCCGCCAUUUUGAACCGCCAUGUUUCUACAGGAGCCCAGAAGGGACAUUUUCUCGAGAGGGAGCCAUUCGGCUUUUACAUUAUUGUGAAGCUACGGAUGCGUUCAAGAACCCCGGUGAUAAAGUACCGGAGUAUUGAUAAACCGCGACCUCAGUACUCUUUAAUGUGUUGUUGUUAGUAAAUGAGGAAGAAUGGUACACUGAGAAUAAUCUCACAGACAGUGUGGCUUUAAGAGAGAUUGCAUAACAUAUAUACUUUUUUUUACUUUGGACGUUUUUAAAUGUCAUUAAAUUUCUAUGUUGUCCUUUUAUUUGAUAUUUGAACAAAUAUUCUUGUACGUACAUAUGUUUUGAUGGCUGUUCUGUUUGUAUUAAUGCCAUAACUACUAAAUAAAAUUGGUUCCAAAACGGUU